CUCCUCUGCUCUGCUCUCCCCGAAAAUAAAUCCGUAACCCAAAAAUUCGAUUCCUUAUCGCCAUCGAUGCCUGGUUCGCCUGCCCUGCUACGAUUAAAUUCUCGACCACCAUCAAAAUCCUCCAUUAACAACAAAUCCUUCUACUUCUUCGAAGAAAAACAAAACCUAUUCGUUGAAUCGCUGCAAUACGUCAUCGCUGCUUGCGGCUCUCAUGGCUACGUCCCUCGCCGACUUGGGUGGAUUCAGAUCUUUGAGGGAUGUCCCUCAUUUUUCACCAACAUCUCCCCCAAUGUUGAAUGCUUGAAGAAGAAAGAGUUCUCUUACAGACAUUUGGCACAGUUGAGGAUGUUGAAGUUCCUGAUGCAAUGCUGCCACAUACCAUUCAAUCAGUUGAAGCAAGUUAAUGAGAUGAUUAUGGAGACAGCUGCUGAGCCAUUGGUAGAUGGUUCUGCUGUUCCAGAUGAUGAAUUGAAACUAGUGGUGACCGCAUCUCAUUUUCCUCCGGAUUUCCAUCAGUGCUUAUCCAGAAGAGCUGUGUAAGCCGAAGCUAGAAGCCAUGGAAAUGACAGCUUUCUCAAGCCAAUAAGCAGCAUGGAAACUGAUAGUUCUGUGUUGCUGUAGUCUUCUUCUGUUGAGGGGGAUUCUGGUGUGCCUUAGCAGCACUCCAAGUCUUGCUGCUUGCCUCCAACUCAUUGCACAAAAGUAGACGCUGUUAAUAAAUGUGGGGUAGAAGAGCAGCUGAAGUUACUGGUUGAACUACUUAACUUCUUAAGUGGCAGCCUUGCUUUUGAUUUAAGUAUGAAAGGAAUCAGCUACAGAAAAAAUGCCCAAAAUGGCCUUGUUCAAUCUAACUGUGAUAAGCAUCCCACUUAAUCAAUUGUUUGCAUGUUUUAUUUUUGUUUUAGCUUAAAUUUCUUACUUCCCUUCUGUCUUAUUUUCUAGGUUUUGAUUCUAGUCGAGGGGAGAGGAAGAAUGGGGCUACCAAUCUUUGGGAUACAACAACAAUGAAACAAAAUCGACCAUGCGAUACUGAAAGCGAGAAGAUCUAGCUACCAGGUUUUGGAGGAGAGAGGAUACAGGUGGUAUCCUUUAAACUCAAAUUAGACUAGUUUAAGGGGUUUUAAAGCCAUAAAUGAAUGUGUAAGCAUGCUUAAUGAUUCUGUAACUUUAUUUUGCUUUGGAGAUUACCUAACUCCUUUGCAUGCAGAUGAUGAGGGCAAUCUUUCCUGGCUGGUAAUUUGUGGCCCAGGUUGUGUGACGACUGACGAUUGAUUGAUUCCUAUACUUCCUUUGCAUUUUGAUAAAGCCAUGGAUGUCACCAGCAAAAGCAUUGAUAUAGCCGCUAGUGAACUUAUUGAUGUUGCGAAGCCUGGUGAAGGUUUGCUACAAUUCCAUCUAUACCAUUUAUUGGAUGUGAAUACCACCGACUAUUAGGGAAGCUUUAGCUGCAUUAGAACUUCUUACUCAUGUUAAAUGAGUAUGUAGUCUGCUGGAACUUCUUCUGAUUCCUCACUAUUCUUUCGAACUCGUCAUUUUUUUAGGUCCUGCUACAUUGAAAUAAAGAGUUCACUUCAACAGCAGCAGUGGAUGGUUAACAUCUAGUGCAUGAUUUGGGUGAUUCAGAAGAAAGUGAGGGUUGAUCCUACUAGAUCUUUAUCUUUCACAUUUUGAAUUUUCUUGCAAAUUUUUGGUUGUUGAGUUUCAAACAUGUACAAUCAUGUAUAAUGUUAAAUGUAACUUAACUGGUGCAGUUAUGUGGUAUGGAUAAUAGUUAAUGUCACUUUUAAAAGUUAUAAUUGAAGUUGGACAGCAGGGAUCGAUGGUGGUCAGGAAAAAUUGCAGCAAUUGUGGCCCCUGCAGGAACCGACG